ACCAACUAAAAGCUCCCAACCUGAGCGUAGUUUGAGUAACAAGUUGAGCUUAAUUGCUCGUGUGUUGUGCGCUCAACAACUUCAAGCGAUGGUGGCAAACUGCCAGAAGGAGCACAGACGCAACACAAAAAGCAAUAACGCGGAACAUUCCGCCCCACAUGAAGCUGUGCCGCCACACUCUUUAGUACGCACCUUUCCACCAUUAUAUUUGAGUUUUCUCACCAAGUGAGUAAAUACUAGUUACUCGCGUACAACAGACGCGAAGACAACAAAUCGCACAAUCAAUGGACGCAAAGCGAUUAAACCGCUUGAGAUUAGUGGCAAACUAAAUAAAAUACCUGUUGAAAUUAAAAAACUAAUAAUAAAGUUAUCGCUUGUGACGGCGAUUAAAGCAUUUUAAGUCGACAACAGAUAGUGUUUGGCGGUCAGUGUUAAUUGGCAAAGACGACGGUACACAAGCAAUUACAAGCGGAAUUGUGCAAAGUAAGUGAGAAAACUCAAAAAGAGAAGAGUUUCGAUUUACAAAGUACAAAUUUUCAUGACUACCUGUAUACACAAAAUCGACGUAAUAAAGUUUAGUGUGAAAAAAGAAGUGAGAAAAAGUGAAGAGUUUAACGACGAGAAAGCAUUUUUGAGCAGAAAAAAAGUUGGUUUUUGAGCUGGGUGAAGGUGGCGCAAAGACAGAAGAGCAAUAGCAAACAAUUAAAAUCAAUUAACGUUACUUGAUUCGACUACCAUAAACGGAACAAAUUUGCUCGCAAAAUGGUCAAGGCCGAGAGCAUACAGUAUGACGAUAAUCAAGUGCCUUAUAUCGAUUUGGGUACAGCGACUAUACGUAUGGAGAAAGAAGAAGCACCAGAAUGGGCUUUGGAGAAGGCGCGUCAAGAAUUACGCGAGUUGCCGGAAAUAAUGGAACCAGCUAUCAAAAAGCUACGCGAGUUAAUUGAAGAGGAAAAGCACUUGAAGCUGCCUUUGGAUGACGAAUACAUGAAAAUGUUCCUGCGUCCAUGCCAUUACUAUCCAGAAUCGGCGAUAAAAAGACUCAAAAACUUCUAUCACAUGAAAUCGAAAUAUGGCGCCCCCUGUGAGAAUAUCGUGCCUAGUAAGUUGCGUAAUGUUUUUGAAGAGGACAUAUUAGCGCUAUUUCCAAACAGAGAUCAACAUGGACGUCGAAUUCUCGCUAUUGAAGCAGGAAAGAAAUGGAAACCCUCUCGUGCCCCACUGGUCGAUCUCUUCCGCACCAUACAACUGACAGUCUUGGGCUCCAUGGCUGAACCACUUUCACAAAUCUGUGGCGCUAUAGUAAUUAUCGAUAUGGAGGGCCUACCCAUGAGUCAUGUUAUGCAAUUUACACCAUCCUUUGCCGCCAUGUUGCUGGAUUAUGUGCAAGAAUGCAUUUGUAUGCGUCUCAAGGCGGUGCAUAUUGUAAAUAAUUCUUAUAUAUUCAAUAUGUUGUUCGCUAUCUUCAAACCGUUCAUACGCGAGAAGCUGAGGAAGCGGAUUUUCUUCCACGGUAGGGACUGGAAGUCACUGACGUCGCAUGUCGAUAAGAAUGCGCUGCCUGUGAAAUACGGCGGCACUGGCACUUGGGAACUGCCAUCCGGCAAGCUAUUGGGCGAUUUCUUCGAAUGCUACUCAGCUGAUUACGAAUUGGCGGACACUUAUGGAUUUACGGAGGAUUAUAAAAAGAAGAAAUAGUGCAAUAUAGUGUUGCAAUAUUGCACAAUUUUGUAUAAUCAAAAUUUAUUUAAAGAUUUUUGGUAUUAUAGUUUUUUGAUAAAAAAUAAUUUCAUUUACUUAGCACCUAUAGUUAUUUGUAUUUAUAAUAUGUGAAUUAUUAGUUCUUUUUUAUUGCUAUUGUGAUAUUGCAGAACUCUCUAAGUAAAACUAUGUAUUUAAAAGUUAAAAAAUGGUUAUAAUUAUUGGUAUUGUGUGUGCAUAUUUUUUAUAAAAAAUUUCAAAAAUAUCAAUGCUUGCCUUUAUGCACCAUGGUACCAUAACAUAAACAUCAGAAACAAAGAAACAUGUAAAUGUGCAGUCUAGUUAAUAGUUAAUAAGAUUUGUGGUGAUGUUGAAAUAUCAAAAAA